CGGGGGACGUUUGAAAUUAAACAAUUGGCGACGUUUGGAGUGUUGUUUCCGGCUUCUCGAGGGAAUAUAAAUUACAUAUAACGAAUACCCGACGUAGGCUAGUUGUGUUUUGAUUUUAACAUUUCAAAGAUCGAACAGGACUUUCCGAAAGAGUGUCUUUUUUUUUUUUUUUACUUAGCGAGGCGGCGGUAAACUUUUUCAAACUAUAGCUGCUAGCUGGCCUAGCGAAGCUAACUAGCGUUUCCUUACGUGACGAGCUUUUCCGUAGUGGUUCCUUGCUGCCACUGUGCAAUAUUGUAUUUAGACUAAUGGAGACUGCUGCUAAGAUCAAAAUUCCGAGCGAGCGGAAGAGCCAGAGGCAUGACAUGAAGCUAGGCGAUGCUGGACCAAAGCGAAUCCCUGUCUCCCAUCGAUCCCAGUUGGCGCCGAAGGUUUUGGUACCUCCAUCUGAACAAACACGGGUCCUGGGUGUAUCAAAUGGACCUCAGCGCAUUGUGCAGCAGAUGACUCGCCAAAAAUCAGCAUCCCAUGUCUCAGUUGCCUACAAGCAGGCUUCUUCUGCUGAUCAGAAUGUCAACCCUGCAACCACAAAUUCUGCAGACCAGCCCAAACGUAUUUUUCAGUCCACCCAACAUAAGAAAAAUGAGCCCAUAGUGAACCCAGCAGUGACAAAACCUGCCACGGGGUUGUCUAAAUCAGCAAUCGGAUCGGCCAAACCUCAGCUGCAACCGAACAAACCAAGCAAGAAAGAAUCUGCAGGCAUAACUUCAUCAAAGAAGCCGUGGAGCCUGGAAAACUUUGAAAUCGGUCGCCCGCUAGGCAAGGGUAAAUUUGGCAACGUCUACCUGGCCAGAGAGCGAGAGACUAAGUUCAUCCUGGCCCUGAAGGUGCUCUUCAAGAAGCAGCUGGAAAAGGCGGGUGUCGAGCACCAGUUAAGGAGAGAGGUGGAAAUCCAGUCUCACCUUAGGCACACUAAUAUCCUGCGACUGUACGGUUACUUCCAUGAUGAAUCCCGUGUGUAUCUUAUACUGGAGUACGCGCCCAAAGGCGAACUCUUCAGUGAGCUGCAGCGCUGUGGAAAUUUUCCUGAAGUGCAAAGUGCGACGUACAUAAUGGAGCUGGCGGACGCCCUCAACUACUGUCACUCCAAGAAGGUGAUCCACAGGGACAUCAAACCUGAGAACCUCCUACUCGGGUCCAACGGAGAGCUGAAGAUUGCUGACUUUGGCUGGUCUGUUCACACGCCUUCCUCAAGGAGGUCAACUUUAUGUGGAACACUGGACUAUUUGCCCCCAGAAAUGAUUGAAGGAAGAACUCAUGAUGAGAAGGUUGACCUGUGGAGUCUCGGUGUGCUUUGCUACGAGUUCCUAGUUGGGAAACCACCAUUUGAAACCAAAUCUCAUGAAGAAACUUAUCGCAGGAUAUCCAGGGUGGAGUUCACCUACCCUGCUCAUUCCAAAAUCAGUGCCGGAGCCAAGGAUUUGAUCUCUCGACUGCUAAAACACAACCCUGGACACAGACUGCCCAUCCAAGGAGUUCUCACUCAUCCGUGGGUGGUCCAAAAAUCAGUCAAGAAGCCCACCACCCUCAACCCUGAAGACCAAUGAUCUUUUUUUCUUUUUUUUGAGAAUGAUGCAUCUACUUUUUUCCUUGCAUAUUCAAAAACAAAUCCUUAAUUGCUAAGUGUCUCCAUUCAAUCUGAGCUAAAAGUACCUUUUUUUUCUUCACUUGUCUGUAAAUAUUUGAAUGUUUUUUUCCCCAUUUAUUCAAAUGUUUAAUGGAUUUUACUGGAAUGCCAUUAUU